AUGCCGCACUCUGUCACGCCUGAACCAACGCCUGGAGGUGAUUCUUCGCGAACCAUCUCCCAGGCCACCAUGGAUCCAGAAUCGCCGGACAUUCCAAUGGCUGAUGCACCGAGUCCCGCAGAAGCAGAGACGACGAAAGUAAACCUGGAGGAGCUCUUUAACGAUGAGGACUCAGACGCGGAAUUUGGCUCCAGUGCACCUCUGAUCAAAUCAGAAGAAGAACCUUCACAGCCAGAGCCAAUCAAAAUUACCUCCAAAUCCACAUACUCCGACCCCGAAAUCAUGCGCGCCUUCUACCAGCGCCUCUUCCCCUUCCGCUACCUCUUUCAAUGGCUGAACCACUCCGCCGUACCCUCGAACGACUUCGCCCACCGCGAAUUCGCCUUUACUCUCCCGAACGACGCCUAUCUACGAUACCAAUCCUUCCCAACAGCCGAUAUGCUCCGUAGGCAAUGUAUCCAGAUGCUCCCAUCUCGUUUCGAAAUCGGCCCGGUAUACUCCACAAACCCGCGAGAUCGCAAAACCCUCCGCAAGGCAAGCGCAUUCCGUCCGCUAGCCAAGGAAUUGGUCUUCGACAUCGAUAUGACGGACUACGAUGAUAUCCGAACGUGCUGUACGGGAGCGAGCAUCUGCCACAAGUGCUGGGCGUUCAUCACUAUGGCGAUCAAGGUGGUUGACGUUGCACUUAGAGAGGAUUUCGGGUUUAAGCACAUAAUGUGGGUAUACUCUGGUCGUCGAGGUGCUCACGCAUGGGUUUGCGACAAGCGCGCCCGGGAGAUGGAUGAUGCCAAACGACGCGCAAUAGCAGGGUAUCUCGAGCUGCUGAAAGGAGGCGACCAGGGCGGGAAGAGGGUCAAUGUUCGACGGCCGCUACAUCCGCAUCUGGACCGCAGCCUGAACAUUCUGAAAGAGCAUUUCCAGUCUACCAUACUGGCGGAACAGGAUCCUUGGGCGGAAGACAAGUCCGCGCAUCUUCUCAACCUCCUCCCCGACCCAACACUCCGGAGCGCCCUACAGAAGAAGUGGGACUCGUCACCCUCACGUCCCAGCGCAUCGAAAUGGUCUGACAUCGACAAUGUCGCCAAAUCCGGCGCGCUCUCCAAAACUUCGAGAGAUCUCCUCGAAGCGAAGCAAGACAUCGUGCUUGAAUAUACGUACCCGCGACUUGAUGCUGAAGUCUCUAAAAAGCUGAACCAUUUGCUAAAGUCACCUUUCGUAGUGCAUCCAGGCACAGGACGGGUCUGCGUACCAAUUGAUACGAGGAAGGUAGAGCAAUUCGACCCUCUCGGCGUUCCAACUGUGACGCAACUGCUGACGGAGAUUGACGAGUGGGAAGACGAUGAGAGCGAGAAGAAGGUGCAGGAUUGGGAGAAGACGAGUUUGAAGCCGUAUGUCGACUACUUCAGAGGCUUUGUUGCUGGCUUGUUGAAGGAAGAGAAGGAGAAGAGCGGGAUCAAGAGGGAGAGGGAAGAGAAUGGAGAGGCAAUGGAGUUCUAA